GUCGACUUGAAGCAUGUGCGAUAUUGACCAACCCCUUGACAGAGAUUCACAACAAUAAACAACACGGCGUGUUAUCCUGCAGCGACCAGGUGAUAUUGGGCUUUAAUUUCCUAUUUCCUCCUAAUCGUUUCCUUCAUUAUGCCGAAAUUAGCUGAGCUUACUGGCGACGAGAAUACAAGCGAAAGUUCGCGCACAUUUGUUUUCGAAGACGAAGGGCACACGUUGGGAAAUGCCCUUAAAAGCAUCAUCUGCAAGUAUCCCGAUGUCAACUUUUGCGGCUACACGGUUCCUCAUCCGGCAGAAAACAAAAUGCACUUCCGUAUUCAGGCCGCCAAGAGCGUCCGAGCAAUUGAUAUCCUCCGACGAGGACUGGAAGAUUUGGAACGCGUUUGUGAUCAUACGAUAGAAACGUUCGAAGCAGCAAUAGCAUUACACCAGGAGAGAGCUUAACAAAAGUUUAAAUAAUAUUUUACUACCGUGCACUCGCUAACGUAUAGGAUGUAUUACCGGCCCUUAAUCAGUUGAGCCAUAGCAAAGGCAUACAUUUUUGUAAAUGAAAAAAAGUUAAUAUAAAAAAUACAUAUUUUACAUUAAAAUAUAAUGGCAGAGUUAUGAAGUCGGAUGCGUGAAUUAUUUCGGAUCAAAUAGCGCCCGUUAAAACGAA